AGACUUCUAGGUCCUCUGCUAAUUAAUGCCUUCCGCCUUCCCAGAUGAUGUCUCGAGAAGGGCUCUGAACAUUGGAUCAUCGAUUUAUGUUGCUAACCCACAAGCUGAUGGGUGGUGGGGUGCUCUGCCCUUCUCUGAUUUAUUGUCCAUGACUCAGCCGUACCCAAGACAAUAAAAUCCGAGUGAAGACCAACCUUUCCCGGCACAUCAGUAUGCUGCCGGAUCGUUCCUCUUCCCUCUCAGGAUACAUUAAACUCUUGUUCCUGGCCUUACCUGUCCUUGUGCUCCUGGCUUAGGCUUCCCCAGAUGGAUGGGUCAAAAGGUGCAGUUAUAGAAUUGGCAGAUGCAGGCAAUCUUGCAAAGAAAAUGAGAAGAAGAAAGAAAAAUGUGGGCCAAAAAGAAUUUGCUGCAUCCCUGAUGGAAAGCACAUAUCCUUAAACCCUUAUGAGAAACAACAGAUAAGAUGUCAGUUUAAGUCAAGAACAACUCAACAUCCACCAACUCUUGACGUAAGACUUUUAACAGCCAGAAUAAUGAGUCAGUAAAGGACCUACAUGGUCCCUAGCUCCUUAGACACCUGCUGGGUCUUCACAUAAUCCAUUAAAGAAAAUAUGCUCAUUCCAGCUCUCUUUCCGUCCUGCCUCUCUAGUCCUCUGUAGCCUGAUAUCUCUAGGUUGUCCCAGGGUUUGACUGAUAUUACUGGUUCUCACUGUAAGACAGUUUUAUAGGAUCUAGAUUCUGAAUUCCUAAGCCUCCGACCAGGCGCUGCUAGGUCCCUCAACAUGGAAGUUUUCCAGGCUAAUGCAGCUUCCAUCUUAGCCACACAUUCUUAUCUAACGCCUCAUCCUAGACUCUUGAGGUAGGUCAGUGUGUUUGGUCCAGAGGUCUUCUUUUGCCUCUUUAGCUCAAGGUUUAGCCCAAGAUUCUGCCUCAUGGGCUCACUCUUGGAAUUUAUCCCUUACCCCAGUUCCCUAAUCGCACUUGGCUUUCCAAAGAUUGGCGUGCCCUCUGACUGGGAAACAACCAUUGCUACCCUACCCAAAUGAAAGGGGAAGAUAGUAAAACAAAACAAAACACACACACACAAACAACCAGUACCCCCAAACCAAAAAAACAACCCCCCAAAUC